GUCGGGGUUUUUGGUCUCCUCUCCGGCCUUCUCCUCUCUCUGCACCCGGGUUUCGCUCAGUAGAUUCCCGCUGUUAUUAGCAUCUUGUCUACUGACUCGUCGCGUUUUUUGCUUACCCCCCUUAGCCGCCAUGUCUACUACUGGCGCUCCCGUGCCUCGCCUUGUCCUCAAUAUGGUGUUUUAUGGCAAAAGGCACCGCCAUGUUUAGUGAUGGCAAGUUAACUAGUGUAGACUGCGUGCUGUUCUGGACUUCCCUGAAAGCUACAAUUAAGCAAGAAGCCACGAGGAGCAGGAUGCCGUUCCCAUGGACCUUCUCCUCUCCUCCGUUCCACUACAUGCUGCGUGCGUCUGGGCAGAGUGAGGUAUGGAGCGACGCUCGGCCGGAGGACAAGUUCCAUCAGUACGGCUGGCGCUGCGGAACCAGUGAGGACGGAUAUGGUACCAGGACUCUGAUUGGUAACUGGGUCGAACAACAAAAAGACAUCACUCAAUACCGGAAAGCCAGACCCCUUCCUUCACAGGUUAGACCCCUUCCUUCACAGUUCUCUCACUACUUUGACUCCACCUACUCCUCCUCCUUUAACCGUGAAAAGAAGAGACCCAUCAACAGCUUGAAGGAGUCCAAGAGUUUCCCGGGCCAGCAGCUGGAGUUAGACCUCCCCCAAGAGGGACUACACCAACACCAGUCACACACACACCACACCCCACCCCGUCUGGGACUGUGACGCUGCAGGAUGCCAGGGGACAGCAGGAGAACACAGCAGACAGAGCAGCAUCCUUCUGACCCCUCAAUAAAUACUGAUAAGAGUGGUUCACUUUUAGUAGUGCAUCAGUGAAUGUGGACUACAGUGUGUGUGUGUUUUACUGUAUUUGCAGCCUUUGGAGCCAAACGUUCUUUUGGAUCAACUCCCCCUGUUCCCUCUCUUACCCCAUCUCCCCUCGUCCCCUCACGCACUCCCACUCUCUCUCUCCCUCCGUCUAUCUCUCUCCACCUCCACCUGUCUCUCUCUCCACCUCCCCUGUGUGUCUCUCUCUCUCCACCUCUCCCCUCUCAAAUAGCAUUGUAGUUUUCUUUGUUUUUUUGUGAAUUCUUUCAGUGUCAAGUAAAUCUCUUUUUGUUUUCCUCA